AUGUACCCCUGGUGGUAUCCUUUGUUGGUAAUCAACAAUAAAGGGGAAAUUUUUAACCGAGAGGAUUUUUACAAGGGGGAAAAGGGGUUUCGACCCAGAAGAAGCCAGAGACCAAAAGAACGAGAGGAGCAAGAAAGACGAAGCGGCCAGAGAGGGAGCCAGAGGCAAAGCCCCAAGGAGGAGGCCAGAGGGAAAGAAGAGAAGAAGCAAAGAAGAAAGCCCAAAAGCGGGAGAGCGCGAAACAAGGAACCCAGACAGGCCGGAAAGAAAAAAAAGCCAAAAGCGAACGGAGGAGUGGAAAACCAAAGCCCCAGCGGAAAAAAGCCAGAAGAAAGGAAGAGACCCAGGGGGAAAGAACUUGGAAAGAAACCCGAGGAGGAAAGGCAAGAGACGAAGGCCGAGAAAAAAAAAAAGGAGGAGGAACAGGGAACCGCAGAACAACAAAGAGGCCCAAAUUUAGGGCAGGGACCGAGCCCGGGGAAAAAUGAAACAUUAGAGAGAACCCCGAAAAAUUACAAAAUUUUACAAGUUUAA